AUGGUGUGCUGCUCGUGGAUCUUCCUCUCCCUCUGCCUGCUCCUCUUCAUCACUCCAGACGAAGGCUUCCUUCAGGACGUCACGUUCAGCCAAAGCCAGCGUCUCUCUAUGAAGAUAUUGAAGGAUGUGCGCAGCCUGCGAGUCCUAUACAAUGAAGAGCAGUUCGGAGGCCAGCUGAUUCAGGACUCCGGCAUUGUGCUGGCAAGCCUGCCUUCCGCCAGCAUGGUCUACACACACUGGCUAAACAUGCAGGAUGAAGAGAGGCUGGCGAACAGCUCCCGGGACCUGCACGUUUACUGGGUGCACGUCCACGCAAACAGGAUGCACUUACUGGGAGAGUCGGAGCAGUCCCAGCUCUCCCAGUCCAUGCUGGCCCUUCAGAUGGACCUCAGUGACCUCACCCUCCAGGUGAACUCUCAGCUCUGGGCCAUGAACGUGACGCUCCCGCCCCCACCAGCUGAGGUGCUGCCCCCCGAGCUGCUAAGCCCCCCGAGCGAGUGGCUGAGCAAGCUGCAGGGCUCCAUCAUCCUGAGAGAUCUGGAGAGGUACCUGGGCAAGGUGGUGCGCGACUUCACCCUGCUCAAAUCCAGGAACCAGCAGUGA